AUGGCUGCUCCGACCCUCCUCGCCUUUCCCUCCCUCUCGCCAGAGGAGUUUCAAGACGCCUGUCGCGCGUUUGUGGCCCGUGUUCACGCGGUGGGCACCUCAACCGUGGGGUGGUCGUCCAUUCGGCUGACACAGCAGGUAUCUCUCCUCAAUGACUCUGUCGGCCCGGUUCUCAAGAUCUCGCGGAACAUUGACCAUGUCGGGUUGCGUCCAUGCGACACCGCAAGCCCCGUAGAUCCCGAGGAAACGCAACUGGAGGCUACCGAGGACGAUCUUGAGGCCAUCGUUCGCCCCCCCGAUUCCAACGCCACUCUACAGGUAGAUUAUGAGAUCCUCCUUUCCCCCACGUACCAAGUACCCGUUCUAUACUUUAUGCUGCGGCGGGGUAACCAUCCCGGUCCGAUGGAGAUAGACGCAGUCUACCAUUACCUCGUAGCGGACCAGUACAGAAAGGAGCUUCAAGCAGUCGGUGUCAUGGGCGGCAUUAGUCUUGGCGUAGGUGCAGCGGACAAAUCCCCGAGAAUCCCUACUCCCGUGUGCCAGAGCUCAUAUUUCCGUAGUACCACCCACAGUCCAAUACCCCCGUUUUCUUCGUUCAUCCAUGCAACACGCCAGACGCAAUGA